GAGAGCGUUUUUCAAAAUUUCUAAACAAACCACCGACUCUUGCUUCACGAUGUAACAGUUUAUUCUGCGGUAUCUUCUGAUUAUGUUAGACACUGGAGGACACUAGCAUGAUGGACGCGGAAAAAAAGCACAAACUUGCUUCCAACAAUAAAGCCACCGAGCCUCCAAAGGCGCCUUCCAUCGAGGAUUUCAUUAUUUUGAAACCAAUCAGCCGCGGUGCUUUUGGCAAAGUCUAUCUCGCACGGAAGAAAUGCAACGCCCGCUUAUAUGCCAUCAAGGCAAUGAAGAAAGCAGAAAUGGUGGACAAAAAUAUGAGGGGGCAGAUGAAAGCGGAGAGAGAUGCACUUGCAUUGAGCAAAAGCCCCUUUAUAGUUCACCUGUUUUACUCCCUUCAGACAGCCACCAAAAUCUACCUGGUUAUGGAAUACCUCAUAGGAGGAGAUGUGAAGUCUCUUCUGCAUAUUUAUGGUUAUUUUGACCAGGACAUGGCAGUCAAAUACAUAUCAGAAGUUGCACUUGCGUUAGACUACCUGCACCGCCAUGGGAUUAUCCACAGGGAUUUAAAGCCGGACAACAUGCUUAUUUCCAAUGAGGGCCACAUUAAAUUAACCGACUUUGGCCUUUCCAAAGUCAAGCUUGACAGAGAGUUGAAUCUUAUGGAUAUCCUUACUACACCAUCCUUGGCAAAACCCAAGAAGGAUUACUUCCGCACGCCGGGUCAAGUCCUCUCCUUAAUCAGCUGUAUUGGCUUUAACACCCCUGCGGGGGAAGGCAAGCGUCAUUGCAGUGCGUCUGUCGCAUCCUCUCCUGGGCCCUGUGGUAAAGUGAAACAGAAGAAUAACUCCCUCGGCUCCCCCUUGAUGAGGACGACUACAAGCUCCCCGGCUUGCUACCGCUGGAAGAACGGGCCAGACAACAGCGUGUUCAGUCCACAUCACUUGGCUAAAAACCUGAUGCCCACGCUGAUGAAGACGCGCAAGCGGUUUGAGACGACGAGCGCAGGCAGCACCACCGACACAGAUGGAGGAGUCAGCCCGUUGUGGGAGCACGAGGAGAAAGAAAAUGAGCAAAGCCAACAGAAUGCAAGAAGACAGUUGGAGUCCAAAGUGUCCCCCAUGAAGCCAGACAGCGGUCCGUCUGAAACAAAACCCGUCUCUCUGCUGCCGAGAGAUGUUGCUCCUGUUCCGUCAUCCGUCAAGAGAACGUUUUCAGACAUGCAAGUGAGUCCAGAACCGCUGGAGAACCAUGCCAAGAGGAGCACUGCGCAAUACAAACGAUGCUAUGAGAUUCCCCAUGACGCUGAUGGCUUUCACACCGGCCUCACUGGAGCUUUUUCCGCCAUUGGGAUCGCUGGGACGGCCGCUCAGGCCCCCAAGCGCUCCAGUCCCAUCGCCGUGUCCAAGAGUCUCAUCCAUGAACUGGAGGAGGAGGUGUUGGACAACGACAGCAAUAAGGACCUAUCAGAUUCCAGUUUCAGUUCACUGCUGGCCGAGAACAGUGCCAUUUGCAAGAGCUUGAGUCUGGACUCCGAUGUCUCCGUGCUGGAAACGUCUCUGACCGUAGAUGGUCUCGCCUCACGUGCACCGGUCAGACCUCCCAAUAAGAGAGCAUCUCCUGAGGAGGACACCAAAGAACCAUCGCAACCACAGCCUACCUCCUCUUGUGUUGCCGCGACUUCUAUUUCCAUCCAGAGCUGUGACUCUGGGUCCUCCUUCCUGAAGUGGCCUCCUGAUCCAGCCGGUGGCGUGGCGCAGUCCCCCUCCUUCCUCAAGCCAAAGAACGUGGUGGCCUUCCGGAGCUACUGCAGCUCCAUUAACCGCUCCAACACGUCGGGUGUGUCGCGGCUCAGCAUCGGCUCCAUGGACGGCAUGGACGUGUCCAUGCAGGCAUCUUGUCACUCGGGUACCGCCACGCCGGUCCAGAGGAGAACCAGCUCGCACAACAGCUCGCGCUGUCAGACUCCUCAGGCUGUGUCGACCUCGCACACCCCCUUCAGGACGCCAAAGAGUGUGCGAAGGGGGCAGCUGCCCGUCGAGGGGGCCCCAAUUUUAGGCACGCCGGACUAUCUGGCCCCAGAACUUCUUUUGGGGAAACCUCAUGGGAUGGCUCAGUGUGACUGCAUGGUGGACUGGUGGGCACUGGGCGUCUGCCUCUUUGAGUUCCUCUCAGGCGUGCCACCCUUCAACGACGAGACGCCUCAACUGGUUUUCCAGAAUAUACUAAACAGAGACAUCCCCUGGCCUGACGGAGAUGAGGAACUGUCAGACAAAGCGAGGGAUUCCAUCGAAAUACUGCUGACCAUGGACAAGGCUAAACGGGCAGGACUCAAAGAACUGAAGUGUCACCCACUGUUCGAGGGCUUCGACUGGGAGAACCUGCAGAACCAGCCUAUGCCGUUCAUUCCGCAGCCCGAGGACGAGACGGACACGUCGUACUUUGAGGCAAGAAACAAUGCUCAGCACAUCGCCAUGUCGGGCUUCAGCCUUUAGCUUUCGUCUCCUGGUCCUGCUCGUAAUGUUUAAAAAAAAAAAAAAAAAACAAUUAUGUGCAAUUAUGUGCGUUUUUUCAUGUCAUAGUUAAUUAGCAACAGUUUUACCAGAUUCCAUUUUUUUUUUUUUUUUAAAUCGGAGGUUUGUGUAAAUGUGGCACUUCCUGUCUCCCAUUUUUUUUACUGCACUGGUGCCUGUGAAAGAUCUGUCAUAUAUUUACCAACCAUGUAUUUUAUUCGCUCGUCUACAUCCUUUUAAAAGACUUUAAGUUUUGAAACAACGCUGCUGUUAUGAUCUUGAUCCAUUUUCUGCACAGGGAAAAAUGUAACAUGAUAUACACAGUCACCCUUCCCACAACAACCCAAUAAAUAAUAAAACAAAGUCAAUUGUGCGUGCUGAAGCGAACACUGCAGGACACGUGUACGCUUUAUGAAACUUUUAUUUGAGGCUUAGAUUAGGACAUGCAGAGUGCGCUCUAUCCACAGGCAGAGGGCCACAAAGCCUUCAGUAGAAACUAUGACAUUAUUUUUACAUUUUAUUACAACAUAAUGGCUCUUUAACAGGUUAGUGCAGACCUUUUUGGAAAUGGAUUUUUUUUUUCUUCUGAUAAUGCAAUGAAAAUAUUGCAUUUCAGUCUGCUCCCCUUGUAUAGUUUGUAUGGAUGCCACUACAGUACAUUGUAUCAUCACACAAUUAGACAACAUAGAAAAACAUUGAUGACAAGCGGAUUAUUGAUUUGGUCCAGUACUAGAAUGCUACAAUAUGUGAAUAUGAAAGCCAUAAUGUGUGCAAUGGAUGUUGAGGCACUUCUAUGUGGAUCAUAAAACCUAAACAUUGAGCUGGCCAGUAGAUUGAGUUGCUAAAAGCAAUAAAUAUUAAUACGAUCAGAAUUACAAAGAA